CCUCGGUCGACGUCACGUCAACAUGGCCGCUCUGUUGUGCUCUGAAUUGUUUUGAUUACGAAUUAUAUCUUCGCCGGCACGCUUUUCGUGUGAUAACAGCCGUGAGAAGGUCGGAGAUCGAUUCUAGAGUGCCGUUCUCACCUGGUUUCUGUGAUGUCACCACGGCGAGACGCCGGCGUGCUGUGAGACGUCUGUUUGAAAACUGCCAGCUAACCUCUGAGACUCUGCUUGCAAGGCACAUUUACAGUGCUCUCCUUCACUCUUCCUAAUAUUUCAGUAUUAUACCAGUGUUUUUAAUCGCCAUGCAAGAAAUUUGUAGGCCUGAAGUGCCAGUGAGAGCAGGGGCUGGGCCUACGACAGGCAGUAUUGGUACUCAAAGCCACUCUGGCAUUGCGCCAAAUUGCGAUUGUGCUUUCACAUCAGUUCAUCAGAACAAUCUAGUCAACAUGCCUCUCCGGAUGCGCCAUGGAGGUACCCUAGCACGGACUCUUUACCGCAAGACAAUGGUUGACCAUGAAUUGCGGCAAAUGGACAAGCGUACGUGGUACCAACCGGAGCUGACGCGGAUGCCCUCCGAUCUGAGGGGUUCCUUCGUGGAGCUGGACUGUGACUCGGCAACGGAGGACUUCUUGGAGCAGGCCGAAGCCAAGUCGGAGAGCAUCCUCUUGCAGCUCUGGCACUCUCUCGUCAAGUUGCUUCUAGGCUGGUUUUUCACUCAAACCUCCCUCAACGGGUUUCUUGGCCGCGGGUCUAUGUUUGUCUUCUCGUCAGAGCAGUUCGCCCGUCUAGUAGGAGGGCGUACCGGUGGUCGUCUUCUAGAUCUAGGGGCUGGGGACGGUGCAGUUACCUCUCAGAUGGAGCCAUUCUUCGACCACGUGUCUGUAACUGAAAUUUCGGCACCGAUGCGAAAAAUAUUGGCCCGAAAAAAAUACAGUAUUCUUGAAAUAAAUAGUUGGGCAGAAAACGGACCAUGGGAUGUAAUAUCGUGCCUUAAUGUGCUGGACCGAUGUUCUAAUCCUAAAGAACUCCUCAAACAAAUUCACGACUCACUCACUCCUAGCGGAAAAGCAAUUAUUGCUAUAGUUCUUCCUUACCAACCCUAUGUUGAAACUGGCGGUAAAGGGGAUCACCAACCUGAAGAGCGCCUGCCCAUAGAGGGAAUUACUUACGAUGAACAAGUCACUAGCUUUGUCACUGAUGUCUUAGGUCCUGCAGAUUUUCAGGUUGAAAAAUGGACGCGUCUCCCGUACCUUUGUGAAGGGGACCUCCAACAAGCUUUCUAUUGGUUAUCAGAUGCUGUCUUUGUAGUUAGGAAAGCAACUAUUGUCAGUUCAUGAUAAGACUUACCCUACAAACUAAAGAAUAGAUGUUGUUACCUAUCUAGGAUACAUAUAAUUUUUUGAGUCUUGUGUUUGAAUUGUAAGAAUAAAAUACCGAAACGAAACGUU